AUGACUUUUAAUAAAAGUCUUAUUGUAAAAAAUACAAAAGGAAAAGGGAUAAAAUUAAUGUUAUUAUUAAGUAGGCUAAGCCAUGUGACAAAUAAUAAUUUGCAAACGUGUAGCAUAAAUAAAUCAAAAGGUUCAUUCAAUGAUGGAAAUUCUUCUAAAUCGGAUAAGAAAAAAUUAAAAUUCGACGAUGUGGAUGUUGCAUUUAAAGUCAAGACAACGUGGGAAUUGAUACGUGCCUAUGCCGUUUAUCAAAUGUUAAGCAUACCUCCAUUUGUCAAACACAACAUGGUUCUUAUGAAAUUUACAAAUAAAUUACUCGGUGAUAGAUUAUUUACAUAUUUGAUGAAAAUGACAUUUUACGGUCAUUUCGUUGCCGGAGAAGAUGAGAAAAGCAUGGCGCCGAUAUUGAAAAGAAUGCAUUCGUUCGGUGUUAAAUCAAUAUUGGAUUAUUCCGUUGAAGAAGAUAUAUCGCACGAAGCCGCGGAAAAUUUAGAAAAGAAAGCAUUUGAAAAUGCCAAAAGCGAUUUACCACAAUUCAAAGUCGACGAUCAUCAUUUGGACAGACGUGAAAAAGUCGUGUCCGCGAGAACAUUUUUUUACGAAAGCGAAGCCGCUUGCGAUAGAAACAUGGAAACGUUUCUUAAAUGCAUCGAAUGCGCAUCUAAAGCCACGUACAAUACCGGAAUGAUAGCCGUUAAAUUGACGGCACUUUGCAGGCCAAAACUCCUGUUGCAAAUAUCCGAAGUCAUAACGAAAUCGAGAAUGUACAUAAAGGAGUUAUCCACGCACGAAUUUCGUCCGAUAAUUCAACAGAAUUUAACGACGGAAAAAUUAAAAGAACAAAUGUCUUCGGCAUUUGAAAAAAAUUCCGGUGCCCAAAAAUUCGUGCAAUCCGUGACGUCGGAUGAAGAAGGAGUACUCAUACAUUUGUUUCCAUGGAGUGGAAUAUUAGAUGAAAAUUUUAAUUUCAACGAAACGUUUCAAGUUCCCGAUUUGAAAACUGGUGAAAUGGUACAAUUCACGACGCAAUUAACCGAAUGCGAAAUGAAUCAAUUUAGAAACAUGAUAGGUAGGCUGAAUAAGGUUAUAAGAGCAGCCGUGGAAUUAAACGUACCCGUUUUGGUGGAUGCGGAACAAACGUAUUUUCAACCCGCCAUUUCACGUUUAACCAUCGAACUCAUGAGAAAAUAUAAUAAAAAUAAAGGAAUAGUUUACAACACAUAUCAAAAUUAUUUAAUAUCCGCAUAUAACGAAGUUAUAAGCGAUUUGGAACAAGCCAGAAGACAAGAUUUCUUUUUCAGAUGUAAAUUAGUGAGAGGUGCUUACAUGGAACAGGAAAGAGAAAGAGCGAAAGAAAUGAAUUAUCCUGAUCCCAUACAACCGAGUUACCAAGCGACAUCCGAUAAUUAUCAUAAUAUAUUAAUUGAAUGUUUGAAAAGGAUAAAAGAUUUGAAAGACAAGGGUGUGAAAGAGAACAAAAUCGCAAUCAUGGUUGCGACACAUAACGAAGACACGGUUUCAUUGGCAAUUGAAAAAAUGGAAGAAAUCGGUAUAAAACCCGAUGAUGGUACCAUUUUAUUCGGACAGUUGUUCGGAAUGUGCGAUUUUAUUAGUUUCACUUUGGGUACCAGAGGUUACGGAAUAUAUAAAUACGUACCCUACGGCCCUGUCAUUGAUGUUUUACCCUAUUUAUCGAGGAGAGCCGUGGAAAAUAAAGGAAUAUUACAAAACGUUAGAAAAGAAAAACAAUUGAUAAGGAAAGCCAUUAUUAAAAGGUUAAAAAAUUUUGAUAUGAAUAGAAAUCCUAUCGGACCUAUAAAACCUCCCGCAUAA